UACCUAUGGGGAAUUGGUCCGAUGCGCUGAACACGUAUAAUUCGUGGGGAACUUCUGUCGGAACCACCCCAUCCCAUUGGAAAGGGUAGGAGGACGCGGAUAAUUCUACUUUCACGCUAUCGAAACUCGUGGGUCAGUUGACAAGUAUAAUAUUGACCACAGGGGAAAUUCUAAAUACUUCAACUUCUUCUAUCCCUCCAGACAAGUAUCUACCAAAGACAAAAGCCAGUCACUAUGAGCCCUUCAGCAGCAGAAUUCACAGAGACCACAAUGGCGAAACCUACCAAGGCCAACAUUGGUGUGUACACCAACCCAGCCCAUGAACUGUGGGUUGCAGAAGCAGAGCCAUCUUUGGAAAGCAUUGAAAAGGGCGACUCGUUGAAGCCAGGAGAAGUUACGGUGGGAAUUAGAAGCAUUGGUAUCUGCGGGUGAGUUUCAAUGCUUUUUUGGGCAAAAGAUCAUUCUAACAGUCAUUGCAGGUCGGAUGUACACUUUUGGCACGCUGGGUGCAUAGGCCCUAUGAUUGUCGAAGAUACACACAUACUUGGUCAUGAAUCAGCUGGUGUUGUUCUAGCAGUCCAUCCAUCAGUCGAUAGUCUCAAGGUCGGUGACCGUGUCGCCAUCGAGCCAAAUAUUAUCUGUGGCGAAUGCGAGAGAUGUCUUACUGGUAGAUACAAUGGAUGUGAUAAGGUCUUGUUCUUGUCAACACCACCCGUUCCAGGUCUUCUUCGCAGAUACGCAAACCACCCAGCUACUUGGUGUUACAAAAUUGGCAAUAUGUCAUUUGAAGACGGAGCGAUGCUGGAACCUCUGAGUGUUGCAUUGGCUGGCCUAGAAAGAGCCAACGUUAAGUUGGGAGACCCUGUACUCAUCUGCGGAGCUGGCCCUAUCGGUCUCAUCACCCUUCUCUGUGCUCGGGCAGCCGGAGCUUGCCCAAUUGUUAUUACCGAUAUUGACGAAGGAAGACUUGCGUUCGCGAAGGAGCUGGUUCCUUCUGUCGUUGCACAUAAAGUCGAGAGAUUAUCUCCGGAGGAAGGAGGCAAAGCUAUUGUAAAAUCCUUUGGAGGUAUCGAGCCAGCAGUUGCUAUGGAGUGUACUGGGGUUGAAAGCAGUGUCGCUGCAGCUUGUUGGGCAGUCAAGUUUGGUGGAAAAGUAUUCGUGGUCGGUGUAGGUAAAGACAACAUGACGCUACCAUUUAUGAGAUUGAGCACUCGCGAGGUGGACCUCCAAUUCCAGUACCGAUACUGCAACACAUGGCCAAGAGCCAUUCGACUGGUCGAGAGUGGUAUUAUCGAUAUGAAGAAGCUUGUAACCCACCGUUUCCCAUUAGAAGAUGCUAUCAAAGCCUUCGAGACGGCAGCAAAUCCAAAGACUGGAGCUAUCAAAGUCCAGAUCAAGAACGAUGAAUAAGUCAGCGAUCAAUAUUAAUAAAAACUUUUAUAGCAAUAGUAUAUAUAGUGUAGAUGUUCCAAUUAAAUACAAAUACAAAGGUUUCUCCGAGUUUAGU